ACGCACCGAGGCGUGCAGGGCUGCGUGAGGAGCUGCUGCACGGCGGUUGUGCGCUGUGGGCGUGGAAGGAUGAAAUAUGGUGCUUUACAGGCAUGGAAGAAGAUGAGUCAGCACCUCAGGGAGUUCUCCUCCGCGGGCCCGGAGCCUGCCGUUAACCGUGCGGGAGCCGCAGGGAUAUGAAUUGCCGUCGCCCCGGCGCCUGGGUGCCCGCGGCGCGCAGGGACUGAGCAGGAGCCGGACGGGCCAUGGGGUGUCCUGCGUGGGGCCUCGCCCGCACCCCGGGCACUGCCGUCUCCGGCUGAGAAACUGCUGCUCUGAGACCCUGACGGCUCUUCCUGACAGCUUGGAGGGGUGAACACGAGUGUGAGUUCCCACCUGCCACCACACCUGAGGCACCUGCUCUUGGUCUUCAGAGAGCCCAGUGCAAACGCCGCGGGAGGAGCUGGGCUGAAUAAAAGACCGUGCGCUCAGUGCCAGUGUCUAAUGGCCCCGAAGUGAAGAGCCAAGCGCUGCUCCGGCGGCGGCGCGGCCGGCCUGCCGCAGAUGAACCCUCCUAACUAGCGCCGAGGGGUCGGGAGGGACGGCGAGGAGGGGAGAGCCCGAGGGGCCAGCCGGGAAGACGAGGAUAGCGGUGGAUAGCAGUGUGCGGAAGAGGACGGACCCGCGAACAGCUCCACGGCUACCUGUCGACACAUGCUGUGCUCCAUGGCUAACUCGGGCUGCCUCCUUGUCUCCAACUCAGGCAUGCUUCCUCACUCUCUCCCCUGUCCUCCAGCCUUCCUCUACCUCCAACAGGGUAACCAGGACGCCACGGCUCCGCCGGACGCGAUGGCUCAGCCCUACCCCCCAGCCCAGUACCCCCCACCCCCCCAGAACGGGAUCCCUGCAGAGUACGCGCCGCCACACCCCCACCCCACGCAGGACUACUCGGGGCAGAGCACGGUACCAGAGCACGCCAUGACCCUCUACACACCAGCACAGAGCCACCCUGAGCAGCCGGGCACCGAUGCCAGCACACAGUCCAUAGCAGGGACACAGACGGUACCGCAGACAGACGAGGCGGCACAGACAGACAGCCAGCAGCUACACUCCUCAGACAACACAGACAAGCAACAGCCCAAGAGGUUACACGUCUCCAACAUUCCCUUUCGAUUCCGGGACCCCGACCUGCGGCAAAUGUUUGGGCAAUUCGGGAAAAUUCUGGACGUGGAGAUCAUUUUCAAUGAGCGGGGCUCCAAGGGUUUUGGGUUUGUAACUUUUGAAACUAGCACAGAUGCCGACCGGGCACGGGAGAAGCUGAAUGGCACCAUCGUAGAGGGCCGGAAGAUUGAGGUGAACAACGCCACAGCCCGUGUCAUGACCAACAAGAAGGUGGCCAACCCCUACACCAAUGGGUGGAAGCUGAACCCAGUGGUGGGAGCAGUCUACGGCCCUGAGUUCUACGCAGUAACGGGGUUCCCGUACCCCGCCACGGGAACGGCCGUGGCCUACCGAGGGGCACACCUACGGGGCCGAGGCCGCGCCGUCUACAACACCUUCCGGGCCGCGCCGCCGCCGCCGCCCAUCCCCACCUACGGCGCGGUCGUCUACCAGGAUGGGUUCUACGGAGCUGAGAUCUACGGGGGCUAUGCUGCCUACAGGUACGCCCAGCCCGCAGCAGCAGCGGCCGCGUACAGCGACAGCUAUGGCAGAGUGUACGCAGCAGCAGACCCCUACCACCACACCAUCGGCCCCGCCGCCACGUACAGCAUUGGCACCAUGGCUAGUCUAUACCGAGGAGGGUACAGCCGCUUCACUCCCUACUAGCAAGACAGACCCAGCCCCCCCACCACUGCCCCCGAUGCUCUCUAGCACCAAACCAAACCAGGCAGACAGAGCCGAGGCCGAGCCUGUGGAGGAGCCGUGGGUGCUGCCCAGGUGGCC